UACCGCAUGUUUAUGUUUUUGUUUUGCGUGUUUUGUUUGCGGGUAAAAUGACAUUAAAAUUUUUGUUUGCUGCAGUGCAUCCAUCAGUGCAUCACCAUCAUUCGACGCGAUUCCGGUGGGUUACGAUAGUCACGCUCCUACAUUAAUCCUGUGUUCCAGAAAAAUAUGAAUGCGAAUUUAUCAGAUUCUUUCACUUCAGCUUUCUUCAUAAUAAGAAGUUAGUGUUUAAUGAUGUUUGAAUGAAGUAUUGUUUACAUUAUUGAGAACAGUCAGAAUGAGUGACAUUGAAGUACCACCACCUCAGGGGGUUCCGCUGAUCUCAGGUACUCCUGAAGAAGCAGAGUUUUCCAUUAAGCGUGAGCCAAUUGAAAUAGAGGACACAGAAGGUUUCCCUGAACCCGAAGAUAAACACAAUGCAUCUUUUGGAGCGACACUUAACUCGAGACCAUUAAGCUCCAAACGACAAUCAGUGAAAGUAGACGAUAGCUUUUCAGUUCCUAAGAAGAGAGGUAGACCUAGGAAAAAAUCAACGGAAUCAAAUACGAAAAUCUCAAAUUGCACAGAAAAACGACAAACAGUGAAAGUGGAGGAUAGUUUUUCAGCACCCAAGAAGAGAGGCAGACCUAGGAUAAUAUCAACGGAACCCAAUACGAAAAACUCUUUCAAUUGCCCCGAAAUUGGCUGUGAAUAUUCUUGCGCAUCGGACAAAACCCUUAGCUUGCAUAUAGCUCGCAAACAUUCAGUCAAGUCCCGGAAGCCGGCUAAACAUGCUCAAAAGAUGAUGAAAGAAGCGGUAGAUAUUUCCGGUGUCGAAAUACGAAUCGAGUUGACUGCGCGAGCCAGCGGAAGGUCGCUGUACAAGUGCAGCAGAUGCAAAAUGGUUUUCCUUAAGCGGAGUGCCGCCGAGGCCCACAUUAGCAACGUCCAUUUGGACGUGAAAAGAUACACCUGCAGUGUGUGCGGUUGGGGCUUCCAGCGGUCACGGGAUUUGGACGAACACGCUCGAGUGCACACCGGAGAGCGUCCUUUUGUGUGUCCGGUCGAUGGUUGCGGAUACGCUUCGUCGUGGUGCACUACCGUGUACAGGCACGUCCGGAGGCACCAUAAGGACUACCAAGGAGAGCUAACGCCGAAGACCGUGAGCAGAGUGCGUUCCGAGCCGGUGGAACAACUAACCAAUGAUGAAGCGAAAGCUGACGGGUUGGUUGAACCGGUGGAGCUAAGUGAUGGCGGUCGAGAUGAACCAAGCACAAAUGGGAUAACUAUUGAACUGAACCCCCAGCUUAUCGGAAUGGAAUCCAUCAUAAGUAUGGAAGAGGAAGAACUUAGCGAGAAAAUGUCUCUUUUCGAAGAGGUAAACAUAAAAGACGGUACUGGAUCCCAAUAUACAUGUAACAUAUGUACUAAGGAUUUCGAACAGCUCUCGAACAUCAGACGACACCUCAACAGGGAGCAUCUAGACGUGAAGAAACGUACCUGUAAUGUCUGUGGCAUGGCGGUAUCCAAUGUUUCGAAUCUUCCUGCUCACGUAAGAAGCCACACCGGUGAGCGACCCUUCAAGUGUGGGUCAUGUAAGAUGGAUUUCGUAACGGUUAGUGACCUCCGAAGGCACGCGAAAAGAUUUAAUCACACUCAUGACUAUUCGACGUCGAAGGUGUUCAACUGCGUGAUUUGUGAAGUGGCUUUUCGCAGUUUUCGGGAUCUUGAAAAGCACGUGUGGAUUCAUACGGUUGAUUCUGACCCGUUGGCCGUAACCACAGAGAAAGUCAAGUUAACACCAUACGAGUCUGCUAAAAUUAAGAUCUUCAAAGAACCAAACGUUAUUCGUCAAACCUACACUUGUGCUUUAUGUAACAAAAAGCUAAAAACGCUUAAAUUGGCCAGAAAUCAUGUUGUCAAGGAACACAGAGUAGAAAAGAGCCUGAGUUGUAUCUACUGCGGAUUCACGAAAAAAUCACGAAGUGCUCUAAAAAAGCAUGUAAACGAUCAUGCAAACUCAAAACUGUUUAAGUGCAGCAAUACGCUGUGCAAGUAUGCCUCCAAAUUGUUCACUGAGCUUCAAGAGCAUAUCAUUGAUUGUACAAAACAACAUGCUGAGUUCGGCUUGAAUACAGAGACUUCGUUGACACGGUUCGAACAAUCAAACAUCGCUAUCAGUGGCAAAAGAACGCUCAAGUGUGUCAUCUGCUCGUCAGCGUUCAACCAGCUUCCCAUGGUUCGCGAACAUCUCAAAACGGAACACCCGAAACCCGAACGAUACGGAUGUCCCCGUUGCGAUGCCACCUUUCCCGAUGCCAACAGUUUGGCGCAACACCUCGCGGGACAUGAAGGAGUUGAGCCGCUGCGCUGCCCAGUCGAAGGCUGCCAGUUUACCAUGGUGACCGAGGAAGACCAGGAAAAGCAUCGCCGGUGGCACGAAAAGAGGAUCAACCCCCCACCCAAGGCGUUCGCUUGCCGAAGCUGUGGGAAACAGUUCGAGAUCAGGACUAGCCUCGCGCGUCAUAUGAAGAAACAACACGGAAAAGCGGACGGUAAGUGUUGACAUUCCAAUUUUAUGACUUUAAAAUAGUUUAUAGGUACCUAUCUACCUGACAUACAUCACGUAUCAAAAAUAAAGAUUAUAUGAAUUCUACAA